AGAGAUGCUCUCGAUUUUGUGGAAUGCUGCUCUUCCUGCCAAGCAGGGAUCUGACAACACUUAUUUCGCUGGAAUGCAUACGCCUUCCGAUCCCUCCUACAGGGAUGAUCCAUCCAGAGUGACGGGUCACAAGCACAGGGUUUCAGGCCACUCUGCUGACAUGAAGGCUAUCUUCGGAUGAACAGAUUCUUAAAUGAUGGAAUGGAAGAUUUAUUCCAAGCCACAUUUUGCAGCACUCCAAUAUUCUUAGUAAAUUUUCCUGUGUCAAGUUA